UCUGAGUGGCAAAGAGCACAGCUACCAAUGACUGACUGAUAACUAAAAACGCAUACCUAGAGAGAAAGGUUUAUUGUUUAGGUCUUUCUCUUCUGCGAUCGCAUUGAUGUUGGCAGGAAUGAAGGAAAAGGAGGAAGGUUUACAUUGCGAUCUCAUUUUGCUUUGCUCAUUAGGCAACAUUUCUUGCAAAGAAAAGGGAGUGGCUGGGAAACUAGUUAACGUUUCCAGGGAAAAGAUAAGGAGAAUCACACUGGCAUCAGCACUGAAGACAGGUGAAGCAGACACUCCUGGAUAGAUCAGAAAAGAAGCUGAAGGAAUAAACAGAAGUACUGAUCAGCUUUGUGCGUUCACCUGCUGCUCUCUGCGCCCCUUAGUGGGAGUCAUGGAAAGCUUCCUGUACUUCCUGCUCCCAGCAGUAGGGGGCUACGCUCUCGCUUCACUCUUCUUCCUGAAGAACCCUCACAUUCUGCACAAGAAGAAACAGACAGCCUUCUUCUGCACCCACAUCUCUCACAGGGGAGGCAGUGGUGAAAGGAUUGAGAACACGAUGGAGGCCUUUACACACGCUGCUGAAGUGGGCACAGAGAUGCUGGAGUUAGACUGUCACUUGACUAAAGACGGUCAUGUGGUUGUGUCACAUGAUGAAAACCUCCUGCGACAGACUGGGCAAGAUGUCAACAUUUCCUCCUUAAACCUGGAGGAGUUGCCACCUUAUAAUGAGACUCUGGAGGUGACCUUUAAGACAGGCCACUUCAGCACUGGGUCAGAUAGAAACUUGGCACUAUUAGAGGAUGUCUUCCGCAAAUUUCCACACAUAGCUGUAAACAUUGAAGUGAAAGAGAAUAACAGCAUGCUGAUAGAGAAGAUUUCUGAUCUUGUGAAGAAAUACAACAGAGAGGCCAUCUCAGUCUGGGCCUCUGUUGACUCCACCAUCAUGGAAAACUGUCGCAAAACAAACUCCUCCAUGCCCUACAUGUUCACUGUAAAGCGCGGUUUAAAGCUGCUCCUGCUCUACUACACCGGUCUCUUGCCAUUUGUUCCCCUCGGAGAGAGUUUCCUGCAGUUCUACUUGCCACAAAUCAUGAACAGAGAAUUCAUACCUGAUAUGUGGAUUAUGAAAAGCAGACUGGUCGUCUCUUUAAUUCAAAGACUAACAUUGAGGAAAGCGAUGUUCAAGCACCUCAGAGACAGAGGAAUUCAGAUUCAUCUCUUUGUGUGUAAUGUGGAACAAGAUAUUGAGGCUGCGUUUGCUGCAGGAGCAACAGGAGUCAUGACUGAUUAUCCCAUCCUGUUAUCAAACUAUAUUAGAAGACACACACAAGACACGUGAUCAAACACAGAUACACAAUGUACUGAACCCCUUGUCUAGUCAAACACACUCACUGUACAAAUACUGUUUGCCUUUAAACAUACAGCCACGUUUUAUAUUAGCUUAUCAGCACUGGCAUAGUGUUGACAUAAAACUUGUUUUAUGGCAUUCUUCAUGGGACAUUUCUCGAGUAUGAACACACAUGAGAAUAAACAGAACUCGGUUACUCUA